AUGGCAGACACAGCAGACAAUGGACGCGACUCGAGCUCCAUGAGAAGCGCCGGAGCCGGAUCCACUGGAGCGACAAGGCCUGCGACACUCACCGCCUCGUCCUCGUCCAACAUUUCCAAUUACGCCUCUAGCGUCUCCAGCGACAACCAGAGCUUGAACCAGAGCCACAAUAACCUUUCAGGGAGUACAGGCGCCCCUGGAACGCCGGUUAGCCGACGCUCAGGCGGGUGGGAUCGGCAAACUCUUUCCCCGGCCGCUGCUGCAAGGGUUCGACUUGAUGAUAAUGAAGAUCAUGCUCCCCACCAAUCGAGUAAUUUACGACCUAGCAGUGAAUUAUUGGAAGACUCUUCGGAUUCUUCAGACGAAUACAUAUCGACUUACAAGCCAUUGAAGACUGCAUCGCGAUCAAAACGUUUCUUUCAGUCUAUGGUCAGCAAGUUUACCAAAUCCUCAGUUCGUUACGGAUAUCUACAAAACACUCAGCAAGAACAAGAUAGAAAUGUCAUACAACAUACUGUUAUCAUCAAUGUUUUUAAAGGACAACUUUGUUUAUCACCUAUAACACCAAGACCAAAGCGAGUCCUCGAUGUAGGCACAGCAGGUGGAAUAUGGGCACUUGAAUUUGCCCAAAAACACCCAUACUGUUCCGUCCUAGGCGUCGACAUUGAACCCAUCCACCCACAAUAUACAAAAUCCAACUGCACCUUUAAAACAAUGGACAUAACCCAAGACUGGGACUUUGAAGGCGGCGGCAACUUUGACUUAAUCCACGUUCGACAACUCGGCGAUAUAAACGACAAAAAGAGGUUAAUUCAAUCAUGUUUCGAACAUUUACGGCCCGGAGGUUGGGUUGAAUUUACAGAAUGGAUCGCCAUACUAAAUUCGCCUGACCACUCACUAAGAGGGACCGCCUUUCGCAGAUGGAACGAUUUACUAGAAGAAGGUUUACAGAAUUUCGGCACUACUGUAAAGUACCCCGAGAAGUUCAAGCCGUUGCUACAAGAGGCCGGGUUUGAGCCUAUCAUCGAGACGAGAAAUGGUGCGCCGACAAACGCGUGCUAUCCUGGGAAGAAGUUACAGCGCAUAGGCCAUCUGAUGACGCAAAACUGGCUGCUUAUUAUCGAGCCGUUGACGAUGCCCGUUUUCACACAGGGCUUGGGAUGGACUCCAGAUCAAGUGAACGCUCUUCUGGCGGAAGUGCGAAGAGAGAUUGCGAACACAAAAUAUCACUCUUUCAUGACAUUAAUCACAAUAUGCGCCCAGAAGCCGUGGGACGGAAUACCCCGAUCGUCGAGUUCGACCUCGGCAACAGCUUCAGCUUCGGCUUCAAGAUCAGAAUCUUCUCUUCCCCAGACCAGUAGAUCAGGUACUCCACUUCCUUUCUUGGGAGACAUUCUUUAA